CCCCGCGGUUUUCCCAAAACCGGCGACGGCAGUGCCGCGUCCUGUGUGUUUCCUGUUUCCUCUCCACGCGGCCGCGGAGGGAGGCGAGGUUAACUCGAGGGCUCCGUUUGUACAUGGUGUUGGCAGGGGGUUCCAGAAAGGGAAAUCCCGUUUGUUGACCCAAAAUGGCCCCGGGACUGGGUUUAGUCAGCUUCAUUUUGUAAAUGUCAAGUGCUAAGUAAAAAAAAGCUUUGAUACUGAAGAAAAUGAAGAGAAACCUAAAUGAAAGUUCAACUCGAAGUACAGCAGGCUGUUUGCCUGUGCCAUUGUUCAAUCAGAAAAAGAGGAACAGACAGCCAUUAACUUCUAAUCCACUUCAGAAUGAUCCAGGUAUCAGUACUGUUUCUGACAGUUACGGUUCCCCUCCUCUACCCACAGAUUGGGCAUGGGAAGCUGUGAAUCCAGAGGUGACUCCUCUAAAGAAAACAAUGAAUACAAGGCAAAUACCAGCAUCUGCGUCUUAUCCCCUGAAAAGUCAAGAUUCUGUGUCUAAAUCUAUUCAGUCAAAUGCUGAAGGAAGCCAAAGUGGUUGGGGCUACAGAGGUGACAACAGAAAUACCAGCUUGAGAACUUGGGAUAAAAAUGAUUUCCGACCUCAGUGUAAAACAGCAAGCCCAGCAGCAAAUAGUGAAUUCAGUUCUUAUGCAGUGAAUCUGGGAGCUCAACGACAGAAACAGUCAGGAACACCUGAAUUUUCUGAUUUUCAUGGAAACAGGGAAACUGAAGUACUCAGACAAACAUGUUUCUCCAAAGUGCCUGGCUCUACAGUGAAAGGCCCGGACAGAGCCAGUGCAUUGCAGGCAUUUAAGCCCCGUUUUCAACAAAACCAGUUUAAAAAAACAGUGUUGGGAGACACUCCAGGAGAAAACACUCUGAAGGAAGCUCCCUUGCGUCAGUUAAAGGAAAAGGAUAAUUCUUUAAGAAUUAUUUCUGCAGUCAUUGAAAGCAUGAGGUAUUGGCGUGCACAAGUGCAGAAAACUGUACUUCUUUUUGAAAUAUUGGCUGUCCUAGAUUCAGCUGUCACGCCUGGCCCACAUUAUUCAAAGACUUUUCUCAUGAGAGAUGGGAAAAAUACUCUUCCAUGUGUAUUUUAUGAAAUUGAUCGUGAACUUCCAAGACUGAUCAGAGGCCGAGUUCACAGGUGUGUUGGGCACUAUGACCCAGACAAGAACAUUUUCAAGUGUGUGUCUGUUAGACCAGCAUCUGCUUCUGAACAAAAGACUUUCCAAGCAUUUGUUACCAUUGCUGAUGCUGAGAUGAAGUAUCAUACUAAAAUAAUGAAUGAAAUGUAAAGUGACAAAGGGAGUCAUAAAUAUAGAUUGAAGUAUUUGCUCUUAUUAAUUUAUCUCUUGCAUGGCUUUAUCACUCUUGUUUUUCUGUAUUUCACAUCUUUUUAUAAAAAUAAAACUUUUCUUAUAGAUUUGACCCAAA